AUGUUUGUUCUUACAACGAUCUCAGAUCUAAUCCAGAUCUCGCCCGAGGACUUCUCUAAAUAUAGUUCCGUGGCCAUUGAAGAUAACAUCAACGAGAAAUACGCCAAUAAAGUCAUCCAAAAGAUUGGUCUCUGCAUUGGCUUCUAUGAUCUGUUAGAAUCAUCCGAUGGAUUAAUUGGCCACGGCACUGGCCUGGUUAAUGUCAAUGUUAAAUUUCGCCUAAUUGUGUUCCGGCCAUUUAAAGGCGAGAUCAUGCUGGGGAAGAUCGCCAGUGCUACGGAAUUCGGAAUCAAAAUUGGUGUCGAGUUUUUCAAUGAUAUACUUGUGCCCCCGAACCUUCUGUUAGACGGAGCAAGAUUUGACUACGCGGAUCAGGUCUGGAUCUGGGAGAAUGAAGACGGCUCGACCUUUUACUUUGACGUGGGAGAAGUCGUUCGAUUCCGCGUGGAGACGGAAGAAUGGCAUGACCAGAUUCCCAAUGCUCCAGAUCUCGGUGAUAGUACCGCGAACGAGCGGAAACCACCUUACUCGAUAAUUGGCUCGAUGCAAAUGGCUGGACUGGGACCCAUUUCCUGGUGGUAA